UUUUUUUUUUUUUUUCCUUGUCUUCUUCUUUUUGUCAUGUGAUUCAUUAGCUUUAGUAUAAAUAAUUCAGAGUUGGUUCUAGUCUUUGUCUGGUGUUGUACCUCUAUGAUCGUGUUUUCUGGUUAAGGUGUCAUGGCUACUGUAAAGAUUUUCCCCACUAUAUUUUAUCUGCUUCAAUACAGCUGUUUCGGCUCAGACGUGAAUUGUAACCAUGGAGAAUGUAACCUCAUCGAGGACACCACACAAGUAUUCUGCGAGUGCAAUACGAUGCUCCGCGGUCCAGAAUGUACCCUUGGCAGAUGUUGUGGUGCAUGCCUGGAUAAUCCCUGUGGUGUGAAUGCCAAAUGCUCCUCCUCCAAUCACGGCAGGACCUGCACCUGUGAGAGCCCGUGGAAAGGAGACCCAUACCAGGGCUGCAGGAAUCAGGACCUCCAGUGGAUUCAGACCGGAGCAGUGCCCAGCAAUGCUGUUCUUUCUAAAACCAAACUUGCGGUGUGCAAAGCCAUCGCAUCUGAUGGUGGGUGGCACAGUGGAUUUGUAAAGGAUCAUCGCUGCAAUUAUGAAUAUGACUCGAGCAGCCAUCAGGCCAAUAGCUAUGAGGUUCUGGUUGAUCCGUGUGGAGGACGUGGUUGGAAAUGGAUGGAGGGGGAACAGGGGAACAUGGUCUCGUAUGACGAAUCAAAGAGGUUUCCAGGAGUUAGAUACUUUGUGUGUAGUGAGAAGAGUUUUGGCCUUGUAGGGAAGCUUUUCAGAACGCGACAUGGCUUUAUGUGCCAUAUUGCCAGGGACGGAGAUAAAAGGGAUGGAAAUUUCUUUUCUCUGGUUCAACAACCAUGUAUCUGAAGACACUUUACCAUGAUUCACUGUUCAGUUUUUCUAGUUCCUUUUUCAGCUUUAAAUUGGUGAAGUAGCCAACUCUUGCAAAAUAUUUAUUCAAGUGAUAUAAACAUGUAUAGUUAUUGUUCGUAAUUUUAUUCAGUUGUUUUGCGGUGACAUCUUUUAAAGGACUAAAAUAUGUACUAAAAAGUAUAAAUUUGAUGAGUGAGUGCAUUUGGAGUAAAAUCCAGUCAUCUCUGCACAGUCAAUACUAUGAACUCUGCUGCCAUCAUGAUGUAAUAUUUGACUGUAUGCAAAUUCAAAUGACAAAUAAAUGCUUCAAUGAAUGUUAAUAGAUGCACAUUGGAUGUCUUUCUUCAGGGCUACAGCCCAAAAUAAUGGUUGUAGCUUAAAUAUUUUGUUGUUGACGUUGUACAUGUGAUUUUAUGGAGAGAAUAAAAUGAUACAUGAUGCAAGAAUUUACUUGAUGAUUAUCCAUGGGUGAUUAAAAAUACUGUUGUCAUAAAUAAUUGAGCUGCAUUGAGUUCUUUUUCAUGCCUGAACGG